AUUUAGAAUUCGUGAUAAAGGAAGAAAGGACGAGUUUGCCUGAUGUUGCCGGACCUUCCACCCACCGCUCCCUCCCUCCCGCCAGCUCGGACAUCUACCUGCGCAUCCGAGGGUACGUCAGUCAUGUGAUUGCCCGCGCGGCCCACUUCCGCACCUCCUCGCGCGACCCGGCGAAGACCACCCUCUCCUUGCAGUGCUCACACAGGUACUCCGGCUCGUCCAGCAGGUCCACCAAAGCUAUCCGGUCCUCCCUCUUGCGGCCCUGGUUCUGCCUCUCGAUGUCCUCAUUCUCCUUACCCCGCCGCACAUUCUCAGCCCGCACUCUCUGGAGGUCCCGCUGCACCUUGCUGCAUUGGUCGUCGUAGCACUGCCGGCACACCCGGAGGUGUCUGCAGGGCAUGUACAUGACCGACGGGGCCGCGUCGAAGCAGAUGGAGCACUCAUGCCCAUCUCCCUCUUGCUGGGCCGACGGCAGUUGCUGCUGCUGGUAGUGGGGCUGCUGUGGUGGUGGUGGGGCGGAUGAGCUGCUGGACGAUGAAGGGGGCUGUUGUUGGACGCUGAGGGCAGCCAGCCUGAGGCAGACAGGACACCGUGCGUGACGAUUAAUUCGGAUGUGACACUCGUGUCAUUCCUACUUGCGAUUGGUCUCCUCGAGUUGCUGUAGGUGGUGCAAGAGGGCCCUCUCGCGUUGCUGCUGCUCCUCCCGCUCCCUCCUCAGCGCGUCCCUCUCACGCUGCACCUCACACUCAACAGAGGACGGCCCAACCGGCGACCUGCACACCACACCCACAGCACUAAGAUAUGGAUGUGUGGAAGGAUGCAGGCGUUGCUUCCUUCACCUACCCGUGAGCAGACGUGGCCGACUCGGUACCCUGUUGGUCGGCCGAGCAGCUGCGGUCUGCUGCGUAAGUCUCGUCCGCAGCGAACAGUGGGAAGGGAGGCGGCGGUGGUGAGGGAGGCCCAACUUCGCCGCCAAACUACUCACCAUAGUCGCUCCCAUCGUCAGCAGCGGUACACGGUCCCGCCGACCAGUCGCCACGUAAUGCACUGCCGCUCGAUGUUGUGGCAGCUGCAGCUGCGGCAGCCGCCAUGGUGUGACGGGGGCUGGGAGUGCCAUUGUAGUUGUGUGUGUGGUGGUGAUGGCCGCCAGGUGGGCGGGGCGCGGGCAGCAUUGGGGGAGGGGGUGGGGGGAACGGUGGGGGGGUGAGAAGCGCCAGAGGGCUGAGCAGGAAUGACACGUAGAUGGUGGAUGGAGAAGGUCCUCGUUUGCAUACAAGCCCACCUGUGUUGUUUGGCUGACGGGGCUGCCAUCGACACCGCUUGAUGCUCACCAGCUAACCCAUUCGAUAGGGAGAACACAUUGCUCCGACGACCCACAGAGCUGCAGGAACACGGAGAAUGAUUCAUGGUCACGUCAGCGGUAUGGUGCGGCGUGUGCGUGUCUUACGGGGAGGGCAUGUUGGCUGCAGCCACUGCGGCAGGACCUUCUACCACACAUGGGGAUUGAUAGGUGGCCUUGCCGAGGGCACUCGGUGGCGACGAAGUCGAAGAGAGUGGCAGGAGACGGCCAUCCGGCGGCUGCUGGGUGGCCACGGGCUUGUUGAUGGUCUCCUUUUUGGGGUUGAAUGGUCCGCCGCCAUCGUUGCCCUCGUCGCCAGAGACGAUGUUUGACGGCACGCACGCCGUCAGCUGCCUGCACCAAGAGGGCAACAACGAAUGAUGUCGUGUGUAGUGUUGCCUGGCGUUUGUGUGUGUUGGUGUGUGUACCCCUGGUUGACAAGGUCAUUGGAUGGAGCGGCCGCAGAUACCGAGGGCAGGGGUUGCUCAUCGGCCGACCCACCGUCGCCCUCCUCCUUGGCCGGCAUGGCGCCGUUCUCGUCAUCAGACAACUCACCACUGAGAGAACAACAGGAAGGGGAUGGCACACACUCCUCUAUGCUCCUCAGACUUACCCUGAUUGGUCUACAGGAGCGCUCGACGAUGACGCAGCAGCGGGUGCACUGGCUUGCCCCCCUCCCCCUCUACCGCCCUUGUUCUUCUUUCUGUUGUGUCGCUUCUUCUUCUUUGCUGUGCCACUGCUGGCUGGGUGGGGCGCCUGCGGGUCGUCGUCGAAGGACAUGUUGGCGAUGGCUUUGUUGUAGCGUUCGGUCUCGGCUUUCUCGACGCCAUCAAAGAUAUCGCGCAGCUGCAUGGAAUGUCAGCCACACCACGGACAGAGAGAAUGACUUAUCAUGACAUCGGCGAAGGGGGCGUGGCGUGUCUGUCCUGGCUGACCUUUGUCAACACGUUGGUGUGUUUGCUCUUCUUGCCACGCCGCUGCAUCUCGCGGAGCGACUUGACAGAAUCGAGCUGACCACACGCGCACACAAAGAAUACAGAACGCUCCACAGUUUCCUCAAUUCCGUCGGCGCCGUCGACCACCGUCUCCACGGCGCUCUCAAUACGAAGCAGCGGUGCAAUGGAUGCAGCGGCGCCAGUGAGCGAAGUGGUUGUCAACACGUGCACACGCAGCACGGCCCUGCAUAUGACAGAGGCGAACCCAGCCCUGUCGGCGACCUGACGAAGGCCCAAGCACCAACCAAUACAGGCAGGGAGAGAUUGUAUGCCACGCAAAGGAAGGGCGCCGGCUCCCCACAUGCCUACCUACCGGCGGUGAGACGGCCGCAAUCCUAGCCAUCAGGUCCGUCAGAUUAGCGAGGAUGGCCAGCCCCACUGAGGGUGUCCGUGUCAGUCUGUCGUCGUUGACGAGCUUGACACAGAUGGCGGGCAGCCCAGAAUCGAUGAGCGAACCAAUGUCAUCUGCACACACAGAGACACAGCGGAUGGCGUCCUUCCUUUCGCUCCCAUCUCCCCUUCUCCCCGGCCACUCACCCGUUAUGCAGCACUGGAAUGGCGUCGCGAGGACGAUGCUGAUCUGCGCGGCUCUGUUUACGUCUGGCAUUGUGUGCCCGUCGACGAACAGCGGUGGAGGUCCGUCGUUGACGGAUGCAAAGAUACCCCUGAAGACCUCUGGACGGAGCACUCUCUCUACGAAGGGCCUGCAGUCGUCCGCUACACACGAUGCACCUGCACUCACCACACGUUGGCGCCACACAGCCAGUCGGGUAUGUACCGGCGCCCUAUUUGUUGUCUACGACUCACUCGUUCAUAGGUAUGCACCUGGGAGAUCCUUGGCCGCGGCCAUCGGUCGGGAGACGAGCUCGCUGAUGAGGCCUAGCUUGAGCGAUGCCGCCCACUUGUCUUCGGCUGUGGCACUCUUGGAUCCGAUGACGCCCACGAGCUGGUCUACAUGGACAAAGGCGUGCUUCUGAAGCGCACCACACACGGCCGUCAGCGUCUCAACCGUCGGCACUGAACCACCAAGCAUCACCACACACACACAUUUGUAUGCCUGACGAUCUGGACCGACCGACUCGCGCUCACCGUUGCCGAGCACUGCCGAUAGGAACGCGAGCAUCGAAGCGCGGUGCGAGUGGUAGGGGUCCAUCAAGUUGCUGUGCGACACCGCAAACAGUACGUGCAGCAAGGAGAGCCGCAGCCACACCAGGGCCGCCGACGGCUCCACGUCAGCCAGCAAAACCUCGACUAACGACUCCACCAUGGUGGCAAGACUAUCGAAGCCAUCCCUGACGAGAUCAACAACAAUAUGCAGGCAAGACAAAGAGCGACUCAGGCAGGGGUCACUCAUUCUUUGCUGUAUGUAUUGUUCGUCCAGACCUGAGCGCGGCGAUCCCAGCGUCCUCCAUCAUGCCCAGGCAGUCUCCGUGGUUGGCCACCAGAUGCUCGUGGAAGUCUCGCGUGUUGCCGAUGGCCUUGCCAUAUCGGAGGAUGCCCAAUAGGAGUAUGCAGAUGACCGAGAUGGACUGACGACGCCCCUGGAGUGCCAGCAUGAGGUCGACCAGAACGGUCACGAGUCCCUGCGGCGACCCCUGGCGGGCGAUGAGCUCCUGGAUGAACGCAUCUCUCCUCGCGGCUGGCUCCAUCAGCUGUGCCGCCAUUGCCAGGCUCAUCUCUCUGAUGGCCCAGGGCGCUCCAGGGUCCGUGACGAUCACCCAGAGAAAUCUCGCGGCACGGGCGACGUUGCCGCACCGAAGGACGAAGCGGUUUAGAAUCGCCAACUUGAUGCCUUCUGAGCCGGAAUAAGUGGCAAGGCAAACGAGGUGUGUUGCGAAGGCCUGGACAUCACUUGCUGCCAGAAGAGCGUCGACUUCAGCCGCAACGUCAUCAGGAAGGGUCAACAAGGGCACGGCCGGGGUGGUCAUCGCUACGGACGGGAUCUACCAGGGGGCUGCUACAGGGGCUGCAUCUGCGCCGCAAAGAAGAGGCCUGAAUGAAUUGAAUGCAAGAUGCAGCCAUGUGUGCAUCAAAUUUUCAAUUUUCCUCUCAGCUCUUGCUCACCGCGACAGUGCCUCUUGCAAACAGCCACCACAGUCAAACGCUU